AUGAAAUAUAGUCAGUUUAUCAAUGGAUGGAACUUUGUAUUGGCUGUCAAUACGGAUAAUAAUGUGAUAUUCAGUUUUGGUAAAAAUAAUAGGGGGGGAUUGGAACGACAUGUGGAUAUGGAUGAGAAUGUAUUCGGAUGGGGGUGUAAUGACUCUGGACAGGUUGGUUGUGGUAAUAAGAGUAUUCAAUUAGAUCCAACUCCUGUUGAAUUUUCCACUGAAUAUCAAAUUAGUAAAAUAGAGUGCAAUUCGAAUACAUCACUUGCUCUUACAUGCGAGGGAAAGGUGUUUAUUUGGGGAGAGGUAGAAACUCACGAUAAGAUGAAUAAUUCAAUAUCAUUUGAAAAGUCAUUUGAUGUAAUAAAUAAGCUUGGUGAAGGUGGCUAUGGCCAGGAUUGACACAAAAAGAAAAACAAAAUGUUUUGAAUGAAACGCAAAGUCUUUUGAAACUUCAGU